AUUCCCACCUCAACUUUUAACUACAAUAGUCUCUCUCUCUCUCUCUCUGACAUAUUUUCUAAUAAUGGACAAAAUCAAUUCCCGCAGGCAAGUUGCUGCCAUGAAACAGUCCCUCUUUGAUCAGGGAUAUCUGGAUGAGCAGUUUAUCCAACUGGAAGAAUUGCAGGAUGAUGCUAAUCCUAACUUCGUUGAAGAAAUUGUCACUCUUUACUACCGUGAUUCCUCCAGGCUCAUCUCUAACUUGGACCACACACUGGAAAGGAACCCAGUGGAUUUCAACAAGCUGGACACAAUUAUGCACCAGUUUAAAGGAAGCAGCUCAAGCAUCGGAGCCAAAAAGGUGAAAGCAGAAUGCACUCUGUUUAUGGAAUAUUGCAGGGCAAGAAAUGGAGAAGGAUGCAGGAGGAGCUUCCAACAAAUGAAGAAAGAAUAUGCAACACUGAGAAAGAAGCUUGAAACAUAUUUUCAUCUGGCUAGGCAAGCUGGGCCCGUGGAGACAGCAUUUAGGCCCAAGUAAAGUAAAGAGCUUAAGGAUGUGCAUUUGAUGAUGGCUAGAUGUAAUUGGUGAAUUUUGUAACUGAGAAAAAUACAUAUUCACUAGAUUAUUAGGAAAGGCAAUAUCACCCGUUUGGGAGUACUAUCUACUAUGCUUGUGCUUCCAAAUAUCAGUUUUGUCUUCAAAUGUAAGGAAAGGAAUCUUUUUCUAAAGCUUUAAGGGGUAGUUUAUUACUCUACUAUUACAGAGGAAACUGUUUUACUUUCAAUUUUAAGUAAUGUCAUUGCAAUUCUCUCUCA